AUGGACCCGCGUCAGUCCCUCUCUCGGACCUCCUCGUCCAACGUUCCUCAGGCCGCUUAUCAGCCCAACAACAUGGCUACCUCAUACUCGAUGCCGCCUUAUCAGGGUGGCACACAUCUUCCGCCCAUCAAUUACCAAAACAUGCCUCCUUCCAACCAGCAGAACUAUGUUCCUCAGCAGCCAUAUCGCAACGACGUUCAACAACGCUACCCUCCUGUCUCUGCGCCUCCCCAGGCUCCCACACCUGAUCGCUACAACCAACACAUGACUCCCCCCUCGUCCAUGCAGCAAGGUCUGCCACCUGCAUCGAUGUUGCCGCAGCCUCAGGGCCAGCCGACACCUCCACAAAACUACCCUCCCCACUCACAACAGACGCGUCAAAAUUACCAACCAGCCUUGGCUCCUGCUCCGCCUCGGUCUGCGCUUGAUCCUCCCAACAGCAACUACGGCCACCCUGGCUGGUCCGGUCCAGAGGGCAUCCCUGGCAUGACUUCGGAGGUUGGACGCGACCCGACGCGUACCCAUGUUGUCGGUUCUCAGGGGCGACGCGGCAUUCUGCCCAGUGCUCCUGGUCGGCCUCCCGUAUCUGCCAACGGUCUCAACGGCUCUCCAAAAGGCGGUCAGAUCCCGCAGAAGGAUGCUGAUGGCAAAUUUCCUUGCCCAAACUGCACCAAGACCUACCUUCACGCAAAACAUUUGAAGCGUCACAUGCUGAGACACACCGGUGAUCGCCCAUACAUGUGCGUCCUUUGUAACGAUACAUUUUCGCGUAGCGACAUCCUCAAGCGUCACUUCCAGAAGUGCUCCGUUCGUCGCGGAAAUCCUACCGGCGCUAGUCAUCUAUCGAACCCCGCUGCUCAUCUGAAGAAAUCACAAGCUGCGGCUGCUAAAGCUGCUGCCAACGCAGCUGCCUCAGCCGGAACCACAACCCCCCCUAGCACUCAAUCCGGUUCAAGUGCUCCGCUGCCUGGUGCACCAUACACCAGCGGCUCCAUGGCUCCCAAUAGUAUUCCCACCACUGCAGGCGGCGCACCUGCUACAUCCAUGUCUUACUCGAUGAACACUCCUGCCCAGGCCGAUAUGCAGCGUCCUCAGUCCACACCUCAGGGACAGGUUGAUCCCAAUGGCAAUGAUCAGUGGGCCAUGCAUGACGCGCGAAACCAACAGAUGAUGUAUCAUCAAGGCUCCAACCCUCCUGCUCACUUCGCGAUGCAGAAUCAGGGUGGUGAUGACAAGCGUGUCGCAAUGCCAAAUGCUCACAUGGGCGACGACUGGAACCAAAUGUUUCCCGGCGGCGCCAACGAGCAGUAUUUAAACCCUGUCUUCUCUGGUUAUGGACAGUCACAGCAAGAUGUCAAAAACGACAAUCAUGAAGGUGGUCAGAAUGGAUAUUACCUUCCACCUACAUCUCUUGGAGCGAACCCUGAUGGUACGUCUGGCAUCCCUCCCUCUGUAGUAUUUGUUUCUUUCUCGCGAUGCUCCCCUCCACUGAAAUCAAACCGUCAUGUUGACUUUUGCCUCCCGGUUGGGAAACAGGUAUCGCUCCAAGAGCCACAAAAUAAGUGCAGUCUGCGCGACUGCUUGGCCCCGGACGCCAUCAACAUUUCCCCAGCCUUUCUUCAUAUUCUCAGGGUCAUUUCCGUUGGCUUUACAUACCUGUCUUCGACGUUUGAGAAGCAUACGAUGUGA